UACACAUAAGAUACGAUCCAACGAGCACGAAUGCCGAGGACGGAUGUUUAAUCAAGAUGGGGGAAGUGUUAUAACCAGGUAUUCUAACUGAAUCAACCGUGUCUACACUAUUAAAAUGCUUGUUCAAACAAUUUUGGUGGCAGUAGCGCUGGCCACUACGAUCGCUGGUGACUCCGUAAUUGAUGAAGCGGACUGGCAAAAGCGACAUACUAGCGCUGCAAAGUUUCCGACGUCAGAUAUCAUCGGCAAAGGGUUAUCGAACGACUGCCAAGAAGAUUCGGCACGGUGUCAAAAGAGGAAUAAAACAUGUGAGCCAAAUUGUAUACGUGAAUAUAAAAAUACGGUGAUAUUUUGGAUUCGUGGGGUUGCCAUCCCUACACUGUGUAUCAUAGGAGUGGCCAGUAAUAUGCUCAAUUUGUUUGUUCUCACAAACCCAAGUAUGUUCAAUUCAACCAGCCUCUUCUUGAUUGGUCUUGCCAUCUCUGACAUUGGGGCACUCAUCACACUGGGUAUCUACUUCAUAUUCUUCUACAGCUAUGGUUACGUGGUCCUAUUAGAAGGGGAAGAUGAGAGGUGGUAUACCGAGAUUCCUUUCUGGCCCUGGAGGAUGUACUGGAAUAUCUACAACAUACCAGCAAACAUUUUUGUAACAUCCUCUAACACACAUGCAAUGUGCGUAACAAUAUUUCGAUUUUGUGCAAUCGUCUUUCCACGGAAGGCAAGGCAACUAACAACAAAACGAACUUGUUUUCUCGUCUUACUGAUCUUUCUUUGGGGUGCGGGGUUAAAUGCUCCGGAGUUUUUGCAAAAACAAAUUCAAACAAAACAGUUCAAAAAUCAAACUAUAUCUUUCAUGAAUUCAACAGAUUUGUUUCAGAAUCGACUUUUCCAGGGUGUAUAUUAUCCAAUCAAAGCAUUAUUGAAUAUUUUCAUACCCUGGUUCACAUGUUUCUUAUUAAGUAUAUUUUUGAUGCUUUCGCUAAAGAAACGAUUUCAUCAUCUCGUCGAAUCGAGAUAUCCCGAGAAUGAACGUUGCUACGAGGCUGAAGCGGACGGAUUUGUAUCAGCCAGAAAGAGAAGGGACGGCAGGAUCACAGUGACUUUGAUUGCGAUAAAUGUUUGUUUCCUUGUCUGUGAAUGUCCUGCAGCCAUUUGGUUCGGCUUGUUAUGGACGAUAGAUCGCCAACAGCUGCAAACCCGUAAAUAUGAACUCUGUCGUUCAAUUAUAGAUUUAUUCCUCGUGCUAAACCUAGCUCUAAACUUCUUCUUGUACACGAUGACAAAUAAGCAAUUCCGUUUGACAUUUGCUCAAAUGUUUCUGCGCAAGAAAGGACAAAUUGUUCAAAAUGAUUAUAACUGGCAUUUGCUGAGUUUCGAUUCUACCCCAGAAGUACGUAUACGUUUUAAUACAAUGGAUAAUCUUAAACGACCACCACUCGGAGAUACUGAUAACACAAAAGUAACCAAAAUUGGAUUGGAAACAACAGAACUAUUCUCAAGUCAUCCAAAUAUAUCUAACAUUCUCCGACCUCCGCAAUCGUCAAGAUCUUUUAGUAGUUUCUAAUCGACUCAUUGUCGUCUGCCCUGCUGCCGGAGUGAAGGGGAGUAUGGAAUGAUCUGAAAAACCUACAGUGAACAGGGACCACUCACAUGCCUAUGUUCGAAAACACCAUCAUUCCUACUAAGUUUAAAUACGUGUGUGGUGUAACCAAACAACAACAUGGACUCAUUCUUAUCGUCGAUUUCCACUGGGUCUAUGAACAACUAAAACAGUGUAAAUCAAGAUACACAUUCUGACAUAAACAAAAUAGAAAAAAACAAAAGACUGUUGCUAAAUAUCCCCCUACUUCUUACCAAAGGAUGAAUUCACAAAAUUGUUAAACUUAAACGUAUUCACCAAUUGUGAGAAAUCAUGCAUGGCUUUCAAUAAGCUUCUUUCUAGAUUUCUAGUUAAAGGCAGAAAGAUGUGAUCAGUAUCAUAAUGGUAUUUACCCCUAGCUUAACUCGGAAAUAUUUGUCGUGGUCUCAAGCUCCUCAAUACUUUUAUCUUGUACUAUAAGUCAUUAAAACCCAGCUCCUUCUAUUAAAAUUAAAUGAUUACAUUUGAUCUACGUAAAAUGAAAUCAAAUAAUAUUCGAUAAGUAAGAUUAACAAUAUUGUAUGCCUUGGUCACAUUUGCUCCGAUUUUCACUACGGCGCCCG